CGACCUUGCACGCGACAGCAUCCAGCGCCGAGACUCACGCCCCCAGCUGCAUUCGCCGACCCAUCUCCUGGCCGUCGUGGACGCACUUCCUGAAGCUGCAGCGCGCCUUUCCCAGCUGCACGACGCGCUUGGCUGAUUCUGUGCCUCCUCCCUAUGUCCGACGACCCGCAUGAACCUGACGCUCCAACCCGUUCGGAUGCUACUCGACGCGUCUGUGCCUCAGCACUACCCGACAAACAGCAGCCCGGAGCACUCCAGGGCAUGACGUCGAUUGCCUGCUUGCUUCCUCUCCUUCUCUUUGGAUAUAUAACUCUGCGUCUGUUCCUUCUUCUGUCUGAUCCUGUUUACGAUUUACCUCCCCAAGCCCCACACGGUCCCCCUCAUCUGCAAUUCCUCUUCGCACAUGCUCGAAGGCUUCCCUACCUUCUGUGGGGAUCCAUGUUUGCUCCAGCUCACAGCCAAGUUCGCCACCAGCGUUUGCCUUCCCGGCGUCGAAGUUUGCUCCCACCGCAUUUCCAUAGGUAUCGCAACAGGCGGGCAUCCCAAUUAGCCAUCAUCUCUACGUUGCUCAGACAGCUCCGCAUUCGGGCUACUCCCGGAUUCAUCGAUGGUCCGGAGUAGCAUCCUGUCCGCGGACGGCAUACGGCCAGUCAGUGGAUCGCACAUGGUUUCCAAGCAUCCGAAUCUACUGCCGCUGUCAUGCGUUGCCACAGUGAUGUCGUCGGACAGGCCGCUUGAUAUAUAAAAGAGCCUGCAGCCCGUUGACGCCCGGACUUCAAGGCUGCUUUACCAUGCGUGUAACGGAGUGCUCACCAACAACCAAGCAUUUGUGCCAUCUC